AUGGGUAUUGAUCUCGACCGCCACCACGUGCGCAGCACCCACCGAAAGGCGCCCAAGAGCGACAAUGUCUACCUUAAGCUCUUGGUGAAGCUGUACCGCUUCCUAGCCCGCCGAACGGACUCGGACUUCAACAAGGUCGUCCUUCGCCGCCUUUUCAUGUCCCGCAUCAACCGACCCCCCGUCUCCCUUUCUCGCGUCAAGAGCCAGAUCCCUAAGGAAGAUGAGGGCAAGAUCGUCGUUGUUGUUGGCACCGUCACCGACGACAACCGUCUCCUCACGGUCCCCAAGGUUUCCAUCGCCGCUCUGCGAUUUACCGCCACUGCCCGUGCCCGCAUUCUUGCCGCCGGUGGUGAGGCAUUGACCCUCGACCAGCUGGCUCUCCGUGCCCCUACCGGCAGCAACACCCUGCUGCUCCGCGGCCCCAAGAACGCCCGUGAGGCAGUUAAGCAUUUCGGCUUCGGCCCCCACAAGCACAAGAAGCCGUACCUCGAGUCCAAGGGCCGCAAGUUCGAGAAGGCCCGUGGUCGCAGACGGUCAAGGGGUUUCAAGGUCUAA